AUGGGACACGGCGACUGGGCCCCAGGCAGUAUCUGGUUCUAUGCUCCGAAUAAAGGGGCAGCCAUCUUCUACACCAUCGCCUUCGCCUCGACUGGCAUAUGCCAUGCCUAUCAGUCUUAUCACUACAAGUCGUGGAGGCUGACUGGUCUUUUUGCCUUCUGCGGCUUGCUGUACACAGUGGGCUUCAUCUUCCGGUGCCUAGGGGCAUGGGACUAUGACGAUCUCAUCAAGUACAUCGUGAGCAUUUGCCUGACUUUUGCGGCACCGCCCCUCAACGAGCUCGCCAACUUCUACCUCCUCGGCCGCAUCCUGUACUACAUCCCCUACUACUCGCCGAUCCACCCAGGCCGCGUCCUCUCCACAUUCGCCUUCCUCUCCGCGGUGGUCGAGAGCAUCAGCGGCUGGGGCGCUUCAUACAUGGCCAACCAAUCCCUGACCCCCGAGCAGCAGGCCAUCGGGUAUGACUUGCUCCGGGCCGCACUCAUCAUCCAGCUGGGCGUCAUCGCCCUGUUCCUGUCCCUGGCGACAUACUUCUACCAGACCUGCCGCCGCCACGGCAUCCGCAACAACCACAACCUCAACCAGGUGAUGAUCAACCUGUACGCGAGCAACGCGCUCAUCCUGACGCGCUGCAUCUUCCGCACCGUCGAGUUCUUCCAGACCGAGCACAUCGACUGGGAAGCGCUCGCACAGGACCCCACCGCGGUCAGCCCGAUCAUCCGGUACGAGGCCUUCUUCUACAUCUUCGAGGCCUCGCUCAUGUUGUGCAACAUGAUCAUGUUCAACAUCCGCCACCCGAGGCGGUGGUUGCCAAAGUCCACAAAAGUCUACCUCGCCCGCGACGGCGUCACCGAGAUUAUGGGCCCGGGUUACAAACAAGACCGCAACUUUAUCCUCACCAUCAUUGAUCCAUUCGACAUCACCAGCAAAAUCACGGGCAAGGACAAGACCUCGCGCUUCUGGGAGCUCGAUGAGCACGACAGCAACAACAACCAGACGGCCGUCCACUCCGAAAUUCCUCCCAUAGCAACGGGCAGCUCUGGUCAACCAGCCAUGGCGGCCAAGCCAGAGGCCCUCGUCUGA